CCAUUUGCCCGCCUCCCCAAAACCCCAGGAGAGGUGUCGGGAUCUUGGAUUAUUUAAAGGAAAACGGGUUGCAUCUAUCCUUUGGAUUCAUUCAAGUCCAUGUAACCAUUGUGGAUAAAGCGCGUUUGGAUUUCCAUUGUUGAUCUCAAAUGGCGAGAAAGCAUGCCAUUGACAUGCACUUGGAAACAUAGCUUACUAAAACGCACCAGCGAUAUAGCUAUUGGUCUACUUUUAUAGUACAAAUCAUUUGCACGCUAUCUGAACUUUGCAAUGUUUGCAACGUUGAUUGGUUUGAAUCGGUCUAUGCACAUGUGUUUCACGGCUCCCACCGGUACAAUGAUGCCCGGCGUUGGUAGGAGAUAGGCUAUGACUAGAAAGGAACGCGAUGGGCCAAGGCGACGACAAGGAUCGCAUCGUAAUCAACGUCGGAGGAAUCAAGCACCAGACCUACCGCAGCACCCUGCGCACCCUGCCCGGUACACGGCUGUCCUGGUUGGCUGAGCCCGACGCACACAACAACUUUGACUAUGAUGCAAACAUCGGGGAGUUUUUCUUCGACCGUCACCCGGGCGUCUUCGCCCACAUCCUCAACUAUUACCGCACGGGCAAGCUGCAUUGCCCGGCGGACGUGUGUGGACCCUUGUACGAGGAGGAACUGGCGUUCUGGGGUAUCGACGAGACGGAUGUGGAGCCAUGUUGCUGGAUGAACUACCGACAACAUCGGGAAGCCGAGGAGGCUUUGGACAGCUUCACCGGAGGUGCCCUCGAUAUCGGGCACGAGGACUCUGAGCCUGAUGGGGUGGUCGAGGCGGCUGAUGGCGACGAGGGCGUUGAGAUGACCCGGAGAUUGGCGCAAGGCGACUCUCCCGACAAUAGGUCCGGGCGCUGGAGCCGAUGGCAGAGGAAGACUUGGGCACUCUUUGAGGACCCGUAUUCUUCAAGAUACGCGCGGUGGGUAGCAUUUGCAUCUCUGUUCUUCAUUCUGGUGUCCAUUACCACAUUCUGUCUGGAGACUCAUGAGGCCUUCAACCCCAUCAUUAACCGUACAGAGUCCACCAGGGUGGGCAACGAAACUGUGGAGCGUGUGAUUUCUGUGCCAGAGACUAUGGUGCAGCUAACCUACAUCGAGGGCGUCUGUGUUGUGUGGUUUACAUUUGAGUUUCUCAUUCGAGUGACUACAUGUCCAAAUAAACUGACGUUUAUCAGGAACACCCUCAACAUUAUUGACUUUGUGGCCAUUUUACCUUUCUACCUGGAGGUGGGUCUGAGCGGACUUUCCUCGAAAGCAGCAAAAGAUGUGUUGGGUUUCCUCCGCGUGGUGCGAUUUGUCCGAAUUCUACGUAUUUUUAAGCUAACGAGACACUUUGUGGGUUUACGCGUACUUGGUCACACUCUCCGUGCCAGUACUAACGAAUUCAUCCUUCUUAUAAUUUUCCUUGCUCUCGGAGUCUUAAUCUUUGCGACUAUGAUCUAUUAUGCUGAACGUAUAGGAAGAAACCCUAACGAUCCAAACGCUAGUAAAGGCACGCACUUCAAGAACAUCCCCAUUGGAUUCUGGUGGGCUGUGGUUACUAUGACGACACUCGGCUAUGGCGAUAUGUACCCUCAGACAACUUCCGGAAUGCUGGUGGGCGCGCUGUGCGCCUUGGCUGGUGUGUUGACUAUUGCUAUGCCCGUACCUGUUAUCGUGAACAACUUCGGCAUGUACUACUCUCUAGCAAUGGCAAAACAAAAACUACCAAAGAAAAAAAAUAAGCAUAUCCCACGAGCACCUCAACUGGGGUCGCCCAACUACUGCAAGUCAGCCAUUAACUCUCCACAACCCAGUACGCACAGCGACACAUGCACCCUGGCACAGGAAGAGGUUUCCGAGGUCAGAUACCAAGAUUUUAAAGUCAAUGGGGAGGCGUCCAAAGCUGCCUUGGCCAAUGAGGACUGUCCUCACAUCGACCAGGCGGUGUCACCCGAGGAAGUCUUCAGCCCCGUGGACUGCGAUAGACCCUGCUUCCUGCUCACCUCCAGAGCAGAACGAGCCAAUCACACUGGGGGAAGAGUAAGAAAGGGUUAUGAAAAGUCAUGGAGCCAUAGCAGCAUGUCUGGAGGCGUGGCCUCAGUGUCGGCCCUGUCCUGCAGCCCACCCUGUCUCAUGCAGCAGGCCCACUACCCCAUCCCAUCCAUCCUGUAGCAUGGAGAACAAAACUAACCAAUCAGAGGCCCCACUCUGCAGUGCUGCGCUGAGAUGCCUGCUCACACUGUGUAUCAUCCGUCUCUCAUUAAACUCUCAUUCAUUUGACACCUCUUUUCUUGCUCUUCCCUUCUUCUUCCUCUUCCUGACUACUUCCCCUUCCUCUUCUUUUCUCCUUCCUCUUCCUUCUCUUACUUUCUCUGUAUUUUUCCUCUCCCCUACUUCUUCUUUUCUCCUUCCUUUCUCUCAUAAUUCUUCAUCCCUUUUGUCUUUUGCCUCUUUCCUUCUUCCUCUUCCCAGCUACUUCCUCUUCUCUUUCCCCUUCCUCUUCCUUCUCUUAACUUCUGUCUUUUUCCUCUUACCUUCUCCUUCCUCUUUCAAUCUACUUCCCCUUCCUCUGCCCUUUAUUUCUCUUAUACUUCUUUGUCCCUUCUAUAUUUCCCCCUUUCUAUUUUUCUCUUCCCUUCUUCUUCCCAUCUACUUCCUCUUCUCUUCUACUUCCUCCUCCUGACUACUUCCUCUUAUCUUCUCCCUCAAAAUAUUACAUUUUUCUACCUUCCUCUUCCUCUUCCUCUACUUCCUCUUAGGCUUUUCUACCUUCCUCUUCCCUUCGUUUCCCUUUCCUCUGUCUUUUUCCUCUCCCCUUCUUCUUCCUCUUCCCCUUCCUCUACUUCCCCUUCCUCUUCUUUUCUCCUUCCUUUCUCUUAUACUACUUCAUCCAUUUAGUCUUUUGCCUCUUUCCUUCUUCCUCUUCCCAGCUACUCCCUCUUCUACCUUUAUCUUCUCUUAAUUUUCCUCUUCCUCUUCCUUCUCUUACCUUCUGUCUUUUUCUUCUGACCUUCUCCUUCCUUUUCCAAUCUAUUUCCCCUUCCUCUUCCCUUUCUUUCCCUUAUACAUCUUUGUCACUUCCAUCUUUCCCCUUUCACUUAUUCUCUUCCAUUCUUCUUCCCAUAUUCUUCCUCUUCUACUUCCUCCUCCUUUAUCUUUCCCCUUCUCUUUCUUCUCUUCUGGCAUUUUCCUCUUCCCUUCUCCUUCCUUGUCCCUUCUAUCUUCCCCCUUCCACUUCCCUUCUUUCCCCCAUCCUUUUCUUUUUAUUCUGUCUUUUUUGUCUUCCCUUCUAAUUCCUCCCACCUACUUUCCCUUCUACUUCCUUAUCUGUUCUCUUUUCUCCUACCUCUUCCCUUCUACUUCCUCUUCUCUUUCCCAUUCCUUCUUGUGUGUCUUUUCCACUUCCCUUCUCCUUCCAUCUUCCUUUCCCUUUCCCUUCCCUUCCACUUCCUUCUCUUCUUUUCUGUCCUUUUACUCUUCUCUUUUCCUUCCCAUCUACUUCUCCUACAUCUAUCCCUCUACUUCAUUGUAUCUUUUAUUCUUCUCCUUCCUCUUCCCUUCUCUUUACUCUUUCUCUUCCCUUCUCCAUCUUCUUUCCUCUUCUCUUCUCUUUAUUCUCUUCAUGGUCCUUCAUCUUCCUAUACAGUGGUCAUGUCAUCCCUUACCUCUUUGUGGUCGAAUUUCCUUCCCCCUUUCAAAACGUCUGCACUUUCAUUGUUUUCCCUUCUCUCUCCUUCAUACCUCCUUCUUUUUCCAAACCCUUGGGUGUUUAUAAGCUAUGGUUUUCAUUAGGUGCUAUUGCACACCAUUUAAAAAAAGAAAAAAGAAAGGAACUAUGGAAUAUGGCUAUUUCAUAUAUAGUUAAGCAGUAUGAAAACAAAUAUGAGAUAAAUGAAUAACACUAUACAAUCAUGAUUCUAGUGAUGCACACAUCACCAAGAUAGAUACUUGACUGAAGAAACCUAAUUUGCAUUUGCAUGACUUGCAUGGAAAACUAUCUGAGAAAAAAGUAAAUUUAAUGAAAAUGUGUAAGACAAUUUAUGUUUUCUCAUCCAAAGCUUCUUUAAAUAUAUCUGAUGCAGAGUAUGAUAUCAUUUACGAUGACAUACAAUAUAUGUAGCAUACUACAGUUUUUUGAAAAGGUUUUUAAUUUUUUUGCAGACAUUUCUUUUUGCCUUUCCCCAAACUAUGAUCUCUGGUGUGUUUUAAGCACCUUUUAUCUGUUAGUAGCAGCGGUCGAGUAGACCAUGUGGCAAAUUGUGAAAAAUGCACUUUAACUCUUUCUCGACCAGAGCGGGCAAAUUUAUUCAAAAACAUAUUUACAACUUUAAUACCAGCUAUCAAAAUAAAUCAUUUUAUUUUCUCAACAAUCUACAAAUAGUUUUCCUAAAAAUGUGGUUUAUCUUAUACACCUGUAUAUCUCAUUGUCAAACAUUGCUUUAAAACUGUAGCAAACCACACACAAAUCUAAACCACAGAAAAUAUGCUAUGUAGCUGUAUAAUGUGCAGAAAACUUCUUUUUGGGAUUGCUUGGGGAGAGGUAAAUGCAUGCACUUUUAUGCAAAAAAAUAUAUAUGCGAAUGACAAACUGUAAAUAUGAACCUUGCAUGAAAUAAAUUUUGUAUCUAAUCUGUAUAUAGACUCUGUUUUCUUUGAAAGAACAUGCAUACAUAACUCUCCCCUGUUGCUUGGCAAUAAGCUCUGCCUGUAUUGUGAUGUCUCUUUGAUCUUUCACCCCUCUUUAUCGCCAAGCUGUUUUUUUUCUUUUUCCGGCAGCUAUUUUUUCCAAUCCCUUGGACUUUAUUACCCUGUAUUUAAAGGGAUAGUUCACCCAGUAUUGAAAAUCCUGUCAUUUACUCACCCUCAUGUUGUUCCCAAACCCAUAUUACUUUCUUCUGUGGAACACAAAAGGAGCUGUUAUGUAGAAUGACAACUUCAGUCACCAAUGAAAGUGAAUUCAAGAUGCAAUGAAAAUGAAAGGUGGUGACUGAGGCUAACAUCUCUUUUUGGGUUCCACGGAAGGGAGAAAGUCAAAUGGGUUUGGACAACAUGAGAGUGAGUAAAUUACACUCUCAAGAGAUCAACUAUCUCUUUAAAAAAAAUUAUAGCAAUUGUUGUUAUUAUGCACCAGUGAAACUAGUGCAUAAUUAAAUGCAGUUAAAAGAAUGCAAAACCACACUUGGAUCUUGAAAGGUCAAAGAGAGUUUGUGUGACCUCCGGUGGGGCUGGGGGGAUUGAAACAGGAUAGCCGAGGACUAGCGAUGACUGUGCCCUGUUUCACAGAUCGGUAGCAUGCCACACCUCAUUAACCGAGCAUGAGAGUCACACUGCUGUCCAACUCACCCAAUCACAGCAUGUACUGCUGAGCCAAACGUAUUAAAGGAAUAGUUCACCAAUAAAUUAAAAUUCUGUCCCAACCUCAUGUUAUUUUAAAUCUGCAUGACUUUCUUCCUUCCAUGGGACACAAAAGGAAUGGUUGCUCUUUUCCAUGCAAUAAAAACAAAUGAGGACAGAAGCUUUCAAGCUUCAAUACGGAAACAAAAGCACCAUAGAAAUGGGCUUUCUAUGUCUUCUGAAACCAUGUGAUUGCUUUGUGUGGGGAAAAGAUACAAAAUGUUAGAACUAAAGUCAAAUGUAAGAGUCAACAGUGAGUUGUGGUGCACUUGCAUCCUUUUUGAUGCUUGAAAGCUCAAGACUCCAUUAGUAUGCCGCAUACAGGUAUCAAAUGAAAUAAGGGUGAGUAAAUAAUGACAGACCUUUCAUUUUUGGGUGUACUAUUCCUUUUACACUAACCAGGCUACAUUAAUGAGCGCAGCCUGGAAGAUAAGCAUGGUUAAAAAACUGUGUUUACCAUGAGCCUGUUAUGGAAGUCAUAGGUCACACUUCAUGCAUCCCAGUGGAUAUUUGCUUGCACGGUUCAAGGGACAACAAUCCCGCCAGUAUUCUCCAUCCGUCCCCCC